CUUUCGCUCACUUUCCCCUCACUGUUGUCAGCUUCUCAAUUCCAAGAGUCAAAGCUCCGCCAGCAAUGGCCGUGGCUAGCGCCACCGAGCCGGGAAAUCGAGGCGGGAAUGGAGAAGAAUCCGAACUGGAGCUACUGUCCGCAGCCUAACACUUAGCUCUGAUGCUCGACCGAGCGAAGCCCUCUCCCGCCAUGAGAGACCCGAAGCUCAAGACAGCAAGAGCCCACAAGCCGCGCCAGUGCCGCCUCCUCGACAGGCUCAGGAAGCGCUACUUCUACAGGUGGCGGUGGCUCCUCUGGCUGGCCCUCUCCGCCUACCUCUUCCUCCCGGCGCUCCCGCCGUCCCUCCGCGGCCCCAGCUCCGAGCCCCGCCCCGGCGUCCGGAUCUACGCCUACAACCUGCCGCCGCGCUUCAACCAGGCCUGGGCGGCCGCCGACGCGCGGUGCGCGCGCCACCUCUUCGCCGCCGAGGUGGCCGUGCACGAGGCGCUGCUGCUGCGGCAGCGGCGCGCGGGCCUGCGCCUCGAGGAGGCCGACCUCUUCUUCGUGCCCGUCUACGUCUGCUGCAACUUCUCCACGCCCACGGGCCUCCCGUCGCUGGCGCACGCGCGUGGGCUGCUCGCCGACGCCGUCGGCCUCGUCCGCGCCGAGAUGCCCUUCUGGAACCGCUCCGCCGGGGCCGACCACGUCUUCGUCGCGUCGCACGACUUCGGCGCCUGCUUCCAUCCCAUGGAGGAUGUGGCAAUCGCGGCUGGUAUCCCGGAGUUCUUGAAGAGGUCGAUCCUGCUGCAGACAUUUGGCGUGCAGGGCCGGCACCCUUGCCAGGACGUGGAGCAUGUGGUGCUCCCGCCAUACGUGCCGCCUGAGGUGGCUCCUCGGGAGCUGCCGGAACCGGAGAAGGCACAUCGGGACAUCUUUGCCUUCUUCCGAGGCAAGAUGGAGGUCCAUCCCAAGAACAUCAGUGGCCACUUCUACAGCAGGAAGGUGAGGACUGAACUACUGCAGCUGUAUGGCCGCAACCGGAAGUUCCAUCUGAAGCGGAAACGGUACGACGGCUACCGGUUGGAGAUGGCACGCUCCUUGUUCUGCCUCUGCCCGCUGGGGUGGGCGCCAUGGAGCCCUCGUCUCGUGGAGUCGGUCCUCCUGGGCUGCAUCCCCGUCAUCAUCGCCGACAACAUACGCCUGCCGUUCCUCGGCGUCCUCCGGUGGCCGGACAUCUCGCUGCAGGUGGCGGAGAGGGACGUGGCCGGCCUAGAGGCAGUGCUUGACCACGUCGCCGAGACCAACCUGACGACGAUACAGAGGAACCUGUGGGACCCCAUGAAGCGGAAGGCGCUGGUUUUUAACCGCCCGAUGGAGGAGGGAGACGCCACCUGGCAGGUGCUCAAGGAGCUUGAGGCGAAGCUGGAGCCGUUGCGACAGCAGGGGCGGAGGAGGUGAGGCAACCGUGUUCGGAGAGUGGUACCGUCGCCAUCCCUCAGUGAUCCAUACCUAGCACUGACAGUUCCUACCGGCGCUCCCUCGAAGCCGUGCUGAAAGUGAAGGGCGGUACCGAAUCCGAGGACAAAGAUCUAAGCCUUCUGUGUGAACGCUGCUACAACAGCAAGCUCGUUUGCGUUUCAUCUGAGCGGAGUGAUUCCUCAAGCUCAGGUUAAACAAGUGAAUCAUCGGUUGCAAGCACGAGAGCAAGCGAUCGAACAGGAGGAGAGAGAACCACAAUAAUCGGAUGUCGAAGCCAGUUUUCCUGGUUGAGAUUCGCAUUUGGAAUAAAAGGUCACUAGAGCUCAGGCUGUUGAAAUUGGUCCCAGGUAGGGGAAGAUAUCAGUGGCAGUGGAAUUCGUACGUGCGCAGGGAAGAGGUGACAUACAGCAUAGUCGUCUCCUCCAUCGAGGCGACGGUCACCGCCCUAUGGGUCAUGGACUGAUCAUGGCUGAACGGAUUCCAAUGCCGGUUCACUGUCUACAGCGCCAGCAUGGGUCAGGAGGAAGUCUUGUUGCCGCCGAUGGCGCGAUUCAAGCUCUCACGCCGUGUUGUUUCUGUUGAAAGUUCCGAGCAGCUGGUGGUUUCCGUGGUGGCGUGGCGCGGUGGCGACCGGGUUGCGACGAGGAGGGUGUUCUUGACGCCUGAGGAUGCCGGUAGGAGAUAUGGUGAGCUUGACCCGGGCUUCUAGAUGAAGUCACCGUCGCUUGGUCGCUGUUCCUCCCUUGUUUCCUGAGAAAAGAUCUUCCUGCAGACGAGGUGCCUGGCGAGGCUGGUGCCAGCACUGGAUAGUAGCAGGAGCUAGUGGCAUUAUGGCAAGUUGCUUCUGAAAUGGCGGUGUUCGGGAGCUCACUGUUUAUAGUUAACAUAAUUCCCUUUCUGGUAGUCGAAUUUGUCCAUGAAGUGGUUUCAUUUCGAGCAACCUGAUAAUAUAAUUUGUUCUCUUA